AUGCAUAUCUCCUGGCCUCCAUCUGGAGGUAACAUGUUUGGUAUCGCCACUUUGUCUUUGGGAAACUGGCGAGAACACAAGCUUGAGCCACGCCUCAAGGCUGCCGCAGAAGCGGGAUAUCAAUGGAUCGAUCUAUUUGACGAGUGCUGGGCUGCAUACCUAGAGGAGCAUGGCUUGCCUGGCGAUCAGCUCUGGGAGGCCACGCCAGAUAAUAUUCUGAUUGCUCGUCAACUGGGUGAUUUAGUCAAGUCUCUGGGAAUGCGCAUUGCCUGUACGCAGCCUCUCCGGAAAAUCGAGGGGAUCAAAGAUCCCACUGAGCGCCGAACCACGCUCGACCUGGUCGCGAAACGAUUUCCUUUCAUGCGAGCUUUUGACACCGACCUUGUGUUCAUGUGCGCCAGCAUUCGAACCGACAAUGGCGUGACAUCCGAUCUCCACACGGUCGCGAGAGACCUGGCGGAGCUCGGUGACAUGGCUGCAGCGUACGCAAAAGCUGAUGGCGGACCCAUGUUGAAAAUUGGAUAUGAAGGUCUAUCUUGGGCUGUGCGCAAUACAUGGUCUGCUUCAUGGGAAGCAGUCCGAUUCGCGAAUCGCCCAAACGUGGGAUUGAUCGUGGAUGCGUUCAAUAUUCUCGCCGUUGAGUUUGCAGAUCCCUAUAACCCUGCAAAACACGGUCGCAUAUACCCAACCCUUGAAGAAUCUCUUGAGGUCCUUACUGGAUCCCUUGCAGCGCUAGCCUGCACAGUACCAGGCGACCGCAUCUUCUUCUUCCAAUGCGGCGAUGCUGAACUGAUGAAUCCAUCGACCUUUCUCCCACCAACGGAUCCAGAGACUCCCUCCUUACUUCCGUGGUCGCGAAGCCAUCGUCUCUACCCUCUGGAGGAGUCUCGGGGUGGCUAUAUGCCGGUAGAGCUUGUUGCAGCUGCUGUGCUUGCUACAGGAUACCGAGGCCCAAUUUCACUCGAAGUCUUCAAUAGCUCCCUCAACUUACCCGGGCCAAGCGUUGCAGCAGAACAUGCCACUAGGGGAAUUGAGAGCUUGCAGAAGCUGAUGGAGACCGCAGCUGCUUUGGAUCCGUUCUGGGAGAGUGAAAUGGACAAAGCAAAGGCUAUUUCGCAGGUGAUACGACGCUUACAGCCCAUGCUGCACAGGCUGUGA